UAGACCUCAUAACCAAACACAGCGAGUGUUUGUUGGUGUGUCCUCAUUCUUUCUCCUCUCAAUCAACGCGCCGAUGGGGAACUCCGGCGAGAUCAAGAAGCUAGAGUCGGAGUACCCGCGGCGGCCCGGCCAGCCCGACUCCUUCUGCUACGUCAAGUUCGGGAGCCACAGGUUCAGUUCGGAGACCGGCGAGCUCAAACAGCUGGAACCGGAUUGCCCGCGGUGGCCCGGUGAUCCCGGCUCCCCGAUCGCCCCCUCCGCUGGUUCUGCUUCUGCCGCACCGCCCUCCUCGAUGAAUCUCGCCAACACGAAGGCUGGCGAGAUCAAACAGCUGCAGCCGGAGUACCCGCGGUGGCCCGGCCAGCCCGACCGCUUCUACUACCUCAAGUUCGGGAGCUGCACGUCCAAUUCGGAGAUCGGCGAGAUCAAGCAGCCGGCGCCGGAGUACCAGCCGCAGCCCAGCAAGCCGGACUGCACGAUUGGCGACUCUCCGGUCGUCCCCUCCUCCGCUGGUUCUGCCACACCACCCUCCUUGCUGAAUCUCGCCAAUUCGGAGACCGACGAGAUCAAGCAGCCUGGCGAGGUGGACUGCCCGAUGAGCGACUCCUCCACCUUGUCGUCUGUAAGCAUCACCACUCCUCCUCCUUCAGAAAACAAAAGAAGAAUAAAGAAGAAAAUCAUCACCGCUCCGAUGGGUGACCCGGACCCCUCCUCCGAUGGCUCUUCCGCACCGCCGGCCAAUUCGGAGACCGGCCAGAAGCAGCCGGAACCGGAGUACCCGCUGCGGCCCGGCAAGAGCGACUGCUCCUACUACGUCAAGUUCGGAAGCUGCCGGUACGGGAUGAAUUGCUGGUUCAAUCAUCCUCUCUACGUGCAUGCUAGCCGUGGGCUUCAGCAGGAUAAUUGGGUUGGAAGGAACAGCAGCCGAGCAUCUAAUUCAUCCGAGUACAAGCAGUAUAUUUUCGACAAAGCAUGCAACUACAACCGCCAUGAAGGAAAAACCAAAGUCAGGCAAGUGAAGCUGAAUUUCCUUGGGCUUCCACUGCGUCCAGGUACAAUACUAUGUUCGUACUAUAUGAAUCACGGAACCUGCAAAUUUGGCACCAACUGUAAGUUUCACCAUCCAGAUCCAGAAUCAGAAGACGCGAUUUUGAAUGCUCCGCAGCGUACUACUCAAGGAUCAUAUCAAAUGAACCUUUCAACAAAGCAUGUCCAACGAGCACCAACUAUUGGAACAUCGGAAAUUAUUCCAACUCAAGGAGUCAAUCCAUGUCCAGAAUGGAGUAAAUAUCAGAUGGAUGAAAACAAGCAAGGAAAAUCAGAUUGGGAUCCUUUCACUACUAAAGUUUUUUGUGAUAUUUGUACCGAUGAGGUUUUAUCUGGAAAUCGACCAACCGACCAUUUGAGUGGUAUUGGGUAUACGAACUUAUGCGCUAAGUUUAAUGAAAAAACAAAAAAAGUCUACAAUCACAAGCAAUUUGAAAGUAAGUGGGAGUCAUUGAAGAAAGACUACCAGACAUGGAAGGCAUUGAUGGAGAGUGAAGUUGAUCUAUGGCAGGGUACUAAAAUGAAUACAAUAUCUGCAAGUCUAGAAUGGUGGGCAAAAAUGAUGGAGGUAAUGCCAGAUUGCGGAGAGUUCUGUUUUGCGCCACUCGAGAAUGUUAAUCUUUUAAAUAUAAUGUUCGAGGAUAUGGUGGAUUUAGGUUCAACAUCACCUGAAACUAAUUUGGCAGUCAAUACAACUAUCAGAAGUGAGCAAGGUGCUGGUGAUGGAAAUGAUGCAGGCAUCAUUGAUAAGUAUGUUAAUGAACAAUCUAAAGAGGCAAUGCUACAACAAUCUUCUAAAAAAGAACCCAACUUGACGAAACUCAAGACAAAUUACGUGCCUGCAGAACUCAAUGAUCUUGUUAACUUUGAAGAAAAUCUGAGCCCAAGCAAUUUGGCAACAUCUAUGAGGAUCGAUCGAGUAGGAAGCAAUAUUUCUGAGAUCAUGGAGUUGGUUGUAGGUGCUGGAGCUGAGGAGGGAAGUGAUGAACAUUUCAUUGCUACUCAAUUAUUUACUAGAGCUGAACAUCGAGAAAUGUUUCUUACUCUAAAGACCCCUCGAGGAAGACUUAGGUGGCUUAAAAAGAUGUGCCAACUGAAGGAUCCUACUUCAAGUGUAGCUGAUGUUUAUUCGGUAAACUAAUUUGAGUUGUUGUUAUCAUGAGACCGUUUAAAAGUAAUGUACUGAUUUAAUGCUAUUUUA